GGAAGUUGCAAAAGUACAACGCGAUCUCGGCAAAGUAUUACAAUGAAAAAUGCCUCCUCCCCAUAUCAAAACGGAAAUCUGUGAUGCAGAUUUGUGGUCACAAAUCAGCUUUGUCAUGCUAGAAGGCAAAAGAUGCGGACUGUAGUGCUGUCUAGCGUAGGAAUAAACCUAUGCGUCUCCAGCAUGACAGGAGGCAACUAGACAAGUGGGAAACAGCAUGACAGAUUACCUGCAAUUUAGGCCGCAGCUUCGUCGCUUGGCCUUCUAGCAAUACAAGUCGAUUUGUGUACUCAAAUACAGCAUCACAAAUUUGCGCAUCUUCCGUUUCCGAUAUGGGGUGGGGGCUUUUUUCACUUUGAUACAAAGUGCAGUACUUUGCAGGAGGACCGGGAACUGCUGAAGCGGCAGUUAAGUCGGGAUCUGGCGGAGCUGAAGAGCCGGGCAAGUUCGAAUAAUAAUAAUGCCACUACAACAACAGCUGCAACUGUAGUACUCCCCGUCCUUGCAGAAGAAGAAACUUCUACGAGGGGAGUAGAAGAAGCAGAACGACCAAGAAAGGCUUGCACAACUUUUUCCACUAUACUGGAUGCCAGUUGCGCAACAUCUGCCGGUACUACUUCAGCCUUCUUUGCGGAAACGACGAACACCACUGCAGCAGACUUUGCUGCCUCUGCUGGUCUGAUGCCACCUCCAGGCACCACUUCAAGUUCAACCGAUGAACGCGAUGGGCCGCCGCGAGAAGUACUAGAGCAGGCGACAGUAGAAAGCUCUUCUUCUGGUCUAGAAGCAGCUUCAACACCAAGCACGGAAGUUGUUGUAGAUGUGGACAUUAUGUGCAAAGUCAGGGAGAAUAAUUACGCGCUCAUGACUUGUUCCGGAGUUGCAGGUUCUGCAACACAAACAGGCGGCAGUUCUUCCUCCUCCUCUGCCGACGUUUCCGUGGUGCUGCAGCCUGAAGGGGGGCAAAAAACU